AUGCUGCCAUCAACACGCUGCAUGCUGCAGCACUCUCUGCGCCGUCUCGCUCCCCACGACCGAAGCAAGACGAUCGGCUUCAUCGGUCUUGGCGCCAUGGGCAAGGAGAUGGCCAACAACCUCCUCUCGAAAACCCUUGCCGCCAACCCGGACCCGGCAGUCACUUUCGUCGUGCACGACACAUUCGAGCAGUCCAUCACGCGCUUCCUCACCGCCAACACGUCGCUCUAUCCGAAUCGCAACAUCCUUGCUGCCUCGUCGCCCGCUGGCAUCGCCAAGCUGUCGGGUACCAUCGUUACGAUGCUCCCCUCGUCUCCGCAGGUCAAGAGCGUCUACACGGAAGAAAACGGCAUUCUGGACGGUCUUGAGUCCUAUUGCUCCGCCUCGGCUGACGACAUCCAAGCCAAGACCCUUUGCAUCGACUGCACGACGCUCGAUCCGAAAGUAGCCGUCGAAACGGCGACCACGAUCAAAUCGGCCAACGCGCACUCGGCGUUUGACAUGAUUGACGCGCCCGUAUCCGGCGGUGUGGUGGGUGCCAACGCAGGUACGCUCUCGUUUAUGGUCGGUUCGAACUCGUCUACCUCGUUCGCCACUGCCGAGCCCUACCUGGCGAUGAUGGGAUCGAGAGCGAUCCACUGCGGCAAGAACGGUAACGGUUUGAUCGCCAAGAUUGCCAACAACCUGCUGUUGGGCAUUUCGAUGCUCGGCGUUACAGAAGCCAUGCUGCUCGGCACGGCACAUGGGUUGCCGCCCAAGGUGCUCGCGGGCAUCAUCAACACGAGCACGGGCAAAUGCUGGUCUUCGGAAGUCAACAACCCCUGUCCAGGCGCGCUGGAGGGGACGAAAUACAGUCCACCCGCGGAUAGAGAUUACGAAGGUGGAUUUGCAGCAAGAUUGAUGGCGAAGGAUCUGAAGUUGGCGAUGAACACGGCCAAGUUGGAGGGUGUGCCGACACCGCUCGGCCAGCUGACGAGUAGCAUCUAUGAGGCGUUGGGUGGAAACGAGGAGUACGGGGGCAAGGAUUUCGGGGUUGCGUUCAAGGCGCUGAGUGCCGCACUGGGGAGGGAGGAGUUCAAAGGCGGACGAGAGGAGGUCUAA